UAACGACACACAAAGCUAAGUCAACUAAUAUUUAAAUAAAAACAUAUUAUGAAAAACAAAACUACUCAGUGGAUUUAUUCGUGUUAAUAUGGAUUUGUUUGGUAGAUCAAAUGAUUUUACUGAACAAAAUAACAAUUCACUCCGUUUAGGGACAUUAAACUCAAAUCGUAUUUUGUACCAUUUACCAUGCAAGGUUUGUCGGGAUUAUAGCUCUGGAAAACAUUACGGAAUAUAUGCAUGCGAUGGAUGUGCCGGAUUUUUUAAACGUUCUAUCCGACGGAAUCGUCAAUAUGCUUGCAAAUCACAAAAACAUGGAACAUGUGUAGUUGAUAAGGAGCAUCGUAAUCAGUGUCGAUCUUGCCGUUUAAAGAAGUGUUUUGAUGUUGGCAUGAAUAAGGAUGCGGUACAACAUGAAAGAGGGCCACGAAAUUCUACCUUAAGACGCCAUUUGGAGCUUUUUGAAAGCACAAUGAAACUUGAUAUACAAAACUUUCCCCAAAGUUUUCAUAUGAACUCAUCAGCUCUAGAAGUAUUUCAGAUUCAUCCUUCUGUCUUUCUUCCACCAAAUGCUUUAGAUCUGUCACUUCCGCGAGUUGUUCGUCAAUCUUUUAAUGAUAGUACAAGGCUUACCAGUCCUUUUUAUGUUCCAACAAUACCACCACUUAUGGGAGCUAUCAAAGAAACUGCUGCAGAGCUGUUGUUUAACAACUUCAACUGGAUACAAAAUGUAGGACCGUUUAAACAACUUCCCACGUCAGAUCAACUGAAACUACUUGAAGACUCAUGGAAAGAUCUUUUUAUCAUUGGAAUGUCUCAAUAUUCAAUCACAUUAAAUACAGUGCAAAUAUUUCUUACUUUAAAAUCAGAAACCCAAGAUACAGAUGUAAUGCGAGUUGUUUCAAAUGAAAUGCAAAUUUUUCAAGAUCUUCUUAAUGAGUUUAAUCUUUUGAAACUCGAUAAAAAUGAAUACGAGUGUUUGCGUGAAAUAGUUCUAUUCAGAAAACCAUCCAAGUGCUUAACAUCCCGUUCGUUAAUUGAAACUGUUAGAAUAUUACAGCUUUACGAAGAAGCUAAAAAUACUCUUUUUACAUAUAUAAGAAGCGUUAGUGCAACGCCUUUGAUAAAGUUUGAAAAUAUUGUGAAGAUUGUAUCAACACUGGAAAAUAUAUCAAGAUUAACAAUUAAAAAAGUAUUUUUUUCGGCAAACCAUAAGAGACAUACUCAUUGAACGAUUAACUUUUGAUUUAAAUAUAAUCAGGAGUCAAAGCUAACAGAAAACUUAAUAUUUAUAAAUUAAUGUAACUAACCUUAUUGAAAUUUAAAUAUUUUUUUUGUAAAUUAAUGUAACUAUUGAAAAUUGCACAAGAAAUGACAUUGAAAAAAAAUUACAAUGCUAUGUAAGUCUAUAUUUCUUAUAAUACAUACAAUAUAUAACAUGGUACAAGAAAUGAGGUCUUAUAACACAUAACGGUUAAGCGACGUUCUAUACAAGAUGUAAAAACAAUUCAUAGAUUAGAAAACAUUAGAAUAUUAUUAUAAGCUAAAAAUAAAAAUACAUAAAUGUAUACUACAAACAAAAUCAAAAUGUGUUUAUUGAGUUGAAAAUUUCAAGGCAUGCAUACA